GUUCCUUGCCUGGAUCGAACGCGUGUUGUAUUGGAGCCAUGGCCGAAUGCACCGGGCGAUUUCAUUCAUGCGAAUUGGGUCACUCAUGAGAUGCUGGAGAACAGAUUCAUUUGCACACAGGGUCCGUUGGAGACGACGAUUGGUGAUUUUUGGAGAAUGGUGUGGCAACAGAAGGCAGACCUUAUUCUUAUGUUGUGUCGAGUCACCGAGGCCGGUAGACCGAAAUGUGCACUGUAUUGGCCUAAUAUAGUCGGUGAGAAGAAGACUUACAAUGGGAUUACGAUCAGAAACGAGACUAUACGUAGUAAAGACGCAGAUAUUUGGGGUAGUGAUUUGAUGUUAGAACAUGGCGGUGAACAACGCUUAAUAACGCAUUAUCAAUGGAUAACAUGGCCUGAUAAGUUUGUACCGCAGCAGUUGGUAGUGCCAUUCAUUCUGCUAUCAUUGGCUAGACAACGGAAGCAACCUACUGUUAUUCAUUGCUCUGCGGGCAUUGGACGUACAGGAACGCUGGUUGCUCUUGAAGUCUUCAUUCGAUCGUUGAUGCUCGGUAGAAACCUUUCAAUAUCCGACGUCAUUUGGUCACUGCGUUCGCAACGCUCAAAGGCCGUUCAAACAGAGGAACAGUAUUUGUAUAUCCAUUAUAUCGUCAUACAAAGACUCAUCAAUAAGGGCAUCAUUUAUGAUAAAACUGUUCAAAAUUUUUGUCGUCAGUAUGAGAAUUUUUAUUAUUCGAGAACGCACAUGAUCCAGUUACCACUACCAGUGCCAGUAAGAAAGCCUGUGACGCGAUCAAGACGAAAACCAAAUGAAAAGAUUCGAGCUGUGAUGAAUGAUGAAGAUAUCAACAAAGUGUCAGCGAAUCGAAGAGCUAAAUGUCUUGCGAUAAGUGAAGAAACCUUGUCUGCACUACGAGCAUCCUUCAAUAAACGCUCAGCUGCUAUACUUAAAACAAACACUGAGGCAAGAAAGAGCGCAAGUGAAGACUCGGGUAUAAAGGGUGCACCUACAGCCAGACGCAUCGUAUCGCCGAUAAACGCUCCGAGAAUUAAUAACGAUAAAGAUGCUACUCAAUUCCAGUCUCAAUUAGCCGUCAAUAAAAUAGAACAGAAGCCUUCUGAAUUGAUUGGCACAGCUAAAACUGCAAGCAAUACCAAUCAUAAUGAAGAUGAUAUGGAAUGUGAUGCAAGUUUUUAUUUUAUGCAACCCGAAUGGGCAUAUUUAUAUCCGCCUCAACGCAAACGAGCGAACGAUGUCAUUAUUGAAGAGCAUUACGUUAGCGAGAGUCUUGAACAAUCCAUGCUUCCAUGCAUUCCCGAACGUAAAACCAACAGAAAUACGGUUAUUGUUCCAUCUAUCACUAUUCGUUUUAUUCAUUUCUACCAACAGUUCAAAUCAUCACUCUUUUCACAGUUCAAUUCAAAUCAUCGAACGUGUGACAGCGAAAGCUCACCUGGUAAGGAAAUAAUAUCAGGAGCAAAUGAAAUACAGGCAGGUAGAGAAAAGUGGUCGGAAGCCAGCAAUCCACAACCGGAACACGGAAAGAAUGACGGUAAAGCCGAGAAAUGUGCAGAUAUGGGCAUGUUUCGAACGACAAUCCUGGAAAGAAACGAUAAAUCUGAGUGA